CACGUACACGCCGCCAUUGAAGGAGCCGCGAUCAGUAGGAAAGGGUCAGAGAGGCAUUUCGACAGGCAGCGGCUGAAUGUUUGUCAUGUCUUUAACUUGAACUUUACCUUUAGAUACAAUUUUUAACACUUGACACGUAUUCUUAUCUUAUUCCCGUGGACGUUUUUGGUUGACAGCUGUGUAUCGUCACUACUAAGGGACGUGUUUUUACCAGAUUCUAGAAGUAACGGGCAGUCUAGAGGCUGUAGCAUGCUAGCUAAUGUUAGCUAGCGACCUGGCUAGUUGCACACGAGCUGAGCGUUGCUCGGUGGUGGGGUGUUUUGCCUAUAGUGCCGUUUGAUGGAUCCGAGAAUUGCCUGGUUUCAACCAGAACAACGUGGACCUGCUAACAACCUGUGGAUGCAGAUUUGGGAGACGACACAAGGGCUCGGGUUCCUGAAUGUAAAUAACGGCUACACCACUGGACCUCAAGUCACAUCGAGCUUGAAAGCAACCUUCAACUGGGCGUCGGGAGCCGUCUUCACCAGCAGAAACGGGGUACUUGACUCAGACACCGGUAGCGGUGAAGCCAGGACUCAGGGGAUGUCGACCUCAAUUGGGGACGGAGAAAUAACGGAACAGCGGGACUUUAUACCACUGGAAACCAAUAGCAACCACAACAACCGAGCCUCUGGCAGGGGCGGUGUCGGGGGAGGGGGACAGCAGCAGAGCAGUGGGGUCGCUGUACUUUGGAGGGGCCUGACAGACGGACACCCCAACAAAAGGAAAAGAGACAAUAAAGCUAGCACUUUCGGAUUCAAUUCCAGCCUCUUGAACAGCAGUAGCGGCUCCAACACGGGAAUCCGUGGCGGAUACACGGGCACGCCAUGGAAAGUGAGGAACUACUCGGAAGGGAUUUCAGGACUACAUGAAGAGAUUAAUGACUUCUAUGACUACAUCUCCCCACGGCCAGAGGAAGAGAAGAUGAGACUGGAGGUGGUGGACAGGAUCAAGGGAGUCAUCCAUGACCUGUGGCCCAGUGCUGAGGUUCAAGUCUUUGGGAGCUUCAGCACCGGCCUUUAUCUGCCAACAAGUGACAUUGACUUGGUAGUAUUUGGGAAGUGGGAGACGCUCCCUCUCUGGACACUGGAAGAGGCCCUCCGGAGGAGAAAUGUUGCAGAUGAGAACUCCAUCAAAGUUUUGGACAAGGCCACGGUUCCCAUCAUCAAACUGACUGAGUCAGUCACUGAGGUCAAAGUGGAUAUCAGCUUCAAUGUGAAGAGUGGUGUUAAAGCUGCUCAGCUUAUUAAGGAAUUUAAAGAGAAAUACCCUGUGCUGCCUUACCUGGUGCUGGUGCUGAAGCAGUUCCUACUGCAGAGGGACCUCAAUGAGGUUUUUACUGGUGGAAUCGGCUCUUACAGUCUCUUCCUCAUGGCUGUCAGCUUCCUGCAGCUCCACUACAGGGAGGACGUGUGUAGUCCCAACAUCAACAUCGGCGUUCUGCUCAUUGAAUUUUUUGAGCUCUAUGGUCGACAUUUCAACUACCUGAAGACGGGCAUCCGGAUAAAAGAUGGAGGUUGCUACGUUGCCAAAGACGAGGUUCAGAAGAACAUGAUGGAUGGCUACAGGCCCUCCAUGCUCUACAUUGAGGACCCUCUGCAGCCAGACAAUGAUGUCGGCCGGAGUUCAUAUGGUGCCAUGCAGGUGAAGCAGGCAUUUGACUACGCCUAUGUGGUGCUCAACCACGCUGUGUCACCCAUUGCCAAGUACUAUCCCAAUAAUGAGACUGAGAGUAUACUUGGCAGAAUAAUCCGAGUGACACAGGAAGUGGAUGAAUACAGGGAAUGGAUCCGCAAGACCUGGGGGAGCCCAUCUCAGAAUGAUCUGACACUCAACAGAAACGAUGUCAUGCUGUUAGAGUCCCAGCAACUCGAUGAGUGCAACAACAACAUUCCAGAUGAUGACAACAUUGUUGUAGUUCUUCCGUCGACUCCCCACAGUAAAUCCUCCUCAAACUCCUCCUCUCCAUCCCCUUCACUGCACUCUUCUCCCUCCUCUUCUCCGCUGUCGCCUUCUCCCACAUCCUCCACCGCCAGCUCCAGCGAUGCGGACUCUGAUGGCACGCCAUGUAAGACAGCCAAGCAGCAGUCUGGCCGUGGCUCGAGCGCCCACAGAGAAAAGUCAGCUGGCGUCACUAAUCACCGAACACAGAGCCACAGUACCAGCACUCCAUCUGGAAGCAGCAAGGGAGAAAAAGCCAGGAUGCCACGGUCCCACCAUAAGACUGGCCACGACGGGCAGCAGAGCUCCUCCAGCACCAAAAGUCAUCCGAGCAGCAAACCACACCAGGGCAACAGCAAGAAGAGGAAAAAUGUGUGAGAUGCUACACAUGAGGACCUCUGCAGAUAGGGGUGAUCUUCCCCCAUCCUUGUCUACAGCUGACUCUCAUGUCCCACUUCUGCCCCCAGCUUUGGGUGGUAGUUAGUGGUAUUGAAACAUCUACAGCAUCUGUCUCAGUAUCUGUCUAUCAGAAUAAAAAAGACCAAAAAAAAGGAAUUGUUAUAAGAAAUGGAGUUUAAUUUCUUGGACCUAGGCUGAAUUCUAAAUGCUCAUUUGCUUCCCAACAGCUUCUUUUAUGGAGCAGUUUUCCUUCCCACAGCCAGCACCUAGACAACAUGCCUCUAACGCCUCCUGCUGUACAGGAAUAGACAGUUCUGGAAUCUACUCUGGAGCAAUACCUGGAGCUGCUGGCUGGAGAACAGGAUAAAAAAAAUUUUAUUUAAAAAAGUAUUGUAUGUAUGGCUUAAAGUGUACUAAAGAUGUUAUGUUGAACAACAAACAAAUUAUAUAUACACUGUUUUUUUUUAAAUGGUUACUUACAAAUGCAAUCAGUAAGAGUGGGACAUAACUUUUGUGCAUGAGAUCUUUUUUUGUUGGUUGAUUUCUCUGUUUAUUCUGCUUUGUUAUGUCUAAACAAGUUAUAAAAGAUUUUUACAAAAAUGCAUCAGAAAAAAAAACUUAAAAAUACAUGUAAAAGAGACCGUUUCAUAUUACCUUUUUACAGGACUGAAGACAUGUAGACAUGCACAUCUUGCGCCCACAGCUUUUUGGCCAAAGCCAAGAGCUGGUUUGGGUCCCUUUGCCAACAUAAAUCAUCAGCAUCUACUACUUUCUAUGUGAUUGUGCUACAUAUUACAAUUCAGCCUUCAGUGAGCUAAUGCUCACUUUCAGCCCUAUAGAUGACUGAGUGGAGACUGAUCUUUCACUUAGCUCAACAACACAUUCACACCAGUGAAGGGGCUUUAUACCAGGUUUAAUUAAUAAGAGGUGAUAAUGGUUUUAUUGAAAAAUCCUACACUUGAAAAAAUGUUAACAAUACCACUGUGGGUGAUGAUUUGUUCCUUUGCUAAUUUGCCUACUAAAAUUAUUUGUAUUGGUUAAAUGUGUUUAUUUUUUUAUUCAUUAUAUGGUCAUAGUAUGAAUGAGUGUAUUAAGAUUAGAUCCCAUAUGUUUGAGUCCUAUAUUUUAAAUAGGAUAAGUUGUGGGGAGGUGGGGUGGGAACAGAUGCACUCUGGCACAAUAGAAUACCACCGUUAUUUAAUUGGGUUGCUUUUUUUAGUGACAGUUGAGUGACCAAGUUACUUUGAAUAGUUUUGAGAAACCAUUUUACAAGUCAUACGGUAAUAAUUUUGUUUUAAUGUGUGGCCGGUCUACUUUAAAGGCAGCAGAUUAUUUUUACUAUAUAAACUAUCUUAGCAAAAAAGACUUGAAUAUGUCAGUCCCUCUUUCAUUGCAGUACAACAACUAACCUGUAGAUGGAGUCAAUGCUCCAAGUCUUAAUCCACACAGAGUUUGGGCUUGUAUACUGCAUUUGGACGGUCUGUUUCGUUGCCCCCCCCCCCCUGCUGUGAUCAUAUGGUAUUAUCUUAACUGAACGGGCAGCUGGAGGGAGUAAUACACCAAAGCACAGUGAAAUUCCUCUCAUUUUCUCUCGCCCAGAUGGCCUAUGACAAAAAUCACCCACAAUAAAACAAGUAGCCAGCAAUAACUACCACACUGCAUUAUAUAUCACUACUCUGCAGUGACUGCAGCAGCGACAGCAUGUCAAGCUCACCCCGGAGUUGGAUUCAUUUCCCAUUUUAAGGCAGUGAAGCACAUUUGACAAAUCCGUGCACAAUUGGUGUUGCAAUGUUAAAAAGUACGGUUCCACCCCUUCCUCUCAGCAGUGCAGUUGCGGUUUUAAUGCAGUAUAUAAGCGCUGGUCUUGUGGUAUAAGGACAAAGGUGAACAACAUUAUCUGUGCCAUCUGAGUGUCCACCUCUCUUUACUGCAGGAUGCUUCAAUCCCAACUGUAUUCAUCUGAAACGUUUCUCUGCAGCUACAAUUCAUGCAAUAAAACCAUACAAUUAAACUCCA